AUGCCCGAGCAGAACCUGCCCGCAUGGAACGCGAUGAUGUCCGGACCGUGCCACAACGCCCGCGUGUCUAAGACGGAGAAAGGGUCGUCACCAUGUUCGAGGAAGGCUGCAGGGCUUUCCAGGUCGCCUUCACCAAGAUCAUGGAGAAGAAGCUCGGCGACAACCCAUUGGGUCCAAUUCUGUCAGCGGACAAGAAAUUGGCCGACGCCAAGUUGGCCGAGGAGGCGGACGAGCACAAGUCCAAGGGAGAGGCCCGCAAGGAGAAGCGCAUUGCUGCGCAGAAGGGUCAUAAAAUACCUGAGAAUGCUAUUGACAACAAAGAAAAGAUGCUUAUCAAGGUUGCAACCCAAGGAGUUGUCAGGUUGUUCAAUGAGGUAAGCGCACUUGCCUUUCCUUAACUGCUAGACAUACAUGUUGCUCUUUUUGUUGUGAAUAUAAUUAUUCAAUAUAGGGAGCUUCCAUGGACUCU